GCCGAGCGAGCGAGACGGCCCGCCACCGUCCCCGAUCGGGCCGCUCCCGUGGGCGUAUUCCGGGCUGGUGCGGCGGCGCGCUCUCGAGCCUCAGUCGCCUGAGGACCGCGUGCUGUGCGCGUGCGUGCGCCGCACCAGUACCAUGCACGCCCGCUCCGCGUGAAACACAGCCGUCACGAUGCUUGUGCCUCCCGAGAUGAUGGCGGCCCAAUCGAAGCUCGUCUACCAGAUGAACAAGUAUUACAACGAGCGGGUCGCCAACAGGAAGGCGCAGAUCACAAAGACGAUACAUGAGGUGUGCAGGAUAGUGCAGGAUGUGCUCAAGGAGGUAGAACUGCAGGAGCCGAGGUUCAUCUCCUCGCUCACCGACUACAACGGCCGCUUCGACGGACUCGAGGUGGUUUCGCCGCACGAGUUCGAGAUCGUCAUCUACCUGAAUCAGAUGGGCGUGCUGAACUUCGUGGACGACGGCUCGCUGCCCGGGUGCGCCGUGCUCAAGCUCAGCGAUGGCAGGAAGCGUUCCAUGUCACUGUGGGUGGAGUUCAUCACCGCCUCCGGCUACCUGUCCGCGAGGAAGAUCCGCUCGCGAUUCCAGACGUUGGUCGCACAGGCGUGCGAUAAGUGCUCGUACCGGGAUUGCGUUAAAAUGAUCGCCGAGACGACCGAGGUGAAGUUGCGUAUCCGCGAGCGGUACAUUGUGCAAAUAACGCCUGCGUUCCGGUGCGCCGGCCUGUGGCCGCGCUCCGCCGCGCACUGGCCACUGCCGGCCAUACCCUGGCCACACCCCAACAUCAUCGCAGAGGUCAAAUCAGAGGGUUUCGAUUUAUUAUCAAAAGAAUGUUUAGCUCUACAAGGGAAGAACUCUGCAAUGGAGGGAGACGCGUGGGUGUUGAGUUUCUUUGAGGCGGAAAACCGGCUGCUGCAGGGCGGCUGCCGGCGGAAGUGUUUGAGCAUACUGAAGACGAUCCGGGACCGGCACCUGGACCUGCCCGGCAACCCGGUGACAUGCUACCACAUGAAGACGCUGCUGCUGUACGAGUGUGAGAAGCACCCGCGCGACCACGAGUGGGACGAGGCGGCCAUCGGCGACCGCAUCAACGGCAUCUUCCUGCAGCUGAUCUCGUCGCUGCAGUGCCGCCGCUGCCCGCACUACUUCCUGCCUCACGUCGACUUGUUCAAAGGCAAGUCCCCGACGGCGCUCGAGAACGCCGCCAAGCAGGUGUGGAGGCUCACCAGGGAGAUGCUCACCAAUUCCAGGGCGUUCGAGAAGCUGUGAGUGCGCGAGUGAGUGCUGUCGUGUCGUACCGCUGCGGUACCGCCGCGGCGCCGCACCGAGUCAUGUAGUCAGUAGGCGGUGCCGCUGUGUCAGACUGUGUUGUACCGCGUCACGUUGUCAGUUAUCACGAUACGUUUGUGUUUCGAAUAUUCCAUGUGGAUCGUCAGACUGUAAGUAGAAGUAUUAUCUACUAACGCAUAGAGUUAGCCAAGUCUUUAUAUUAUUUUUGUGAUAUAAAUGUAAAUAGCAUAUACGUUGUACAAUUUUAGUGAUAUAUUUAAUUUAAUAUGAACAAAAAGAAUAAAAAAACACCUUGUAUUUAUUUGACUGAAAUUCUUAAGUAGGCUUAUGAGGUUAAAAUAAACAAUUUUGAAAUUUAA